AAUGCGAUCAAAGGAAUUAAAGGGACUUCUAUUGCAAAUCUGAAUCCUAUUUGGGACAGAGGUAGUGCACAGGAUAUUUCUGGUAUAGGUGAAUGGAAAAUUUUUACUAUAGCAGAAUUAGAUAAAUUUCGCAAAAAAGACAUUCAUAAGCCCAUACCACAAGUAUCGACACAUACUACACCUUCAUCAGAAUGGAAAAUGCUAAUGCCGAAUUCAUCAC